AUGCCAAGAUCAAAGCGUUCAAAGCUAGUUACUCUAGCUCAAACUGACAAGAAAGGUAGAGAAAACAAGGAAAGAAUAUUUGAUGAAGUAAGAGAAGCAUUGGAUACCUACAAAUACGUUUGGGUGCUCAAGUUGGAUGAUGUUCGUACACCAGUUCUACAAGAAAUUAGAACCUCUUGGGCAGGAUCCAAACUGAUUAUGGGAAGAAGGAAGGUUUUAGAAAAGGCACUUGGUACCACGAAGGAGGAAGAGUACAGAGAUAAUUUGCACAAAUUGACGUCGCACUGUCAAGGUGUUACCGGGUUACUUUUCACUGAUGAAUCUGUGGAUACUGUCAAGGGAUUUUUCGAAACUUAUCAAAGAUUGGACUACUCAAGACCAAAUUCCGCAGCACCUCUAACAUUUGUCAUACCGGCAGGUGUUGUAUACUCUAGAGGUGGUCAAAUUCCUGAAGACGAAGAUGUCCCUAUGGUCCACUCACUUGAACCAACAAUGAGAAACAAAUUCAACAUCCCUACUAGAAUUCAAAAGGGUAAAAUUACAUUGGAUUCACCAUACAAGGUUUGUGAAGAGGGUGAAAAAUUAGAUGUGCGUCAAGCUUUGAUCCUUAAGCAAUUCGGUAUUGCAUUGGCAGAGUUUAAAGUUAAAGUUGCUGCGUACUUCGACAGUGAAUCCAGUAAAGUGGAAGAAGUUGGGAUUAACAUGGAUUGA